CAGCUCAGUUGCUCACACGUAGAAAGUAGAGUAGUAUUAGUAGUAGUAGUAGUAGUAGAGCACACUCUCUUACGUCUAUCAGUUUUAACACAGCGUCUGAUUACCUUUUUACUUUUAUAAACAACACUGAUUUUGGUGAGGUAAUGGAAACCUCGGAAAUGAGAGAUUAUGACACAAUCACGUCUUUUCUUGGAUCUUGGGGACCCUUUCAGCGAAGGAUUUUCUUGGCAAUGGCCUUUAGCAUCCUGCCAAAUGGAUUUGUUGGUGCUUAUAUCGUAUUUGUAGGUGAUACCCCUCCACACAAGUGCUUUAUUCCCGAUAACUUCAGUAUCAGCGACGUAUGGAGAAAUGAAACGAUCCCGUUGGAAAUGGUUGAUGGCAUCGCAAAGCCCAGCUCUUGCUCAAGGCUUAACCUGGAAAUUGUCAGAAACUACUCUCAGAAUAAUAUCAUCCCAAAUGUGGACGUAAAUGUGAGUGAAAUUCCUCUCGAGAAGUGUCUGGAUGGGUGGACAUACAGCAAAGAAAUCUACCAGUCAACCAUUGUCACAGAGUGGGACUUGGUGUGUGACAAUAAGUACAAACUACCAUUGUCAACCUCGAUUAAUUACAUCGGUGUGCUAGUGGGAGCGUUUUUCUCAGGCCAGAUGUCUGACAGGUAUGGAAGGAGGCCAGCCCUCUUUCUCAUGAUGAUUCUUCAGACAGUAGCAAUCACUGCCCAGAUUUUCUCUCCAAACUGGGAGAUCUUCUGCUUCAUUUUCUUCUUUGUUGGUGCGGGCGGGUUCUCCAACUAUACCAUUGCAUUUGUGCUAGGAACUGAAAUACUAAGCCCUGUGUCCAGAGUGAUCUUCUGCUCCCUUGGUGUUUUUAUGGGCUCAGCCUUGGGUUACCUGGCAAUGCCAGCUGCAGCCUACUUCCUCCGGGAUUGGCGGAUGCUGCUGAUUCCCAUGGCUGCCUCUGGACUGAUCUACGUCCCUAUAUGGUGGUUAGUCCCAGAGUCUCCUCGCUGGCUGAUCAAUCAGGGAAGAGUGAAGGAGGCGGAAGCCAUACUGAUAAACGCUGCUAAGAGCAACAAUGUGGAGCCUCCAAAGUCCAUUUUCACACAAGCUGAGAUCGAUGAUGCACUGUGUAUGAAAGACAAGAAAUACAACAUUUCAGUUAUUGUGAGCAGCCGCAAUAUGUUCUCCAUUACAGUACUGUGCUCAAUUAUGUGGAUUGUCGUCACCAUAGGUUACUACGCUUUAAUCCUCAACACUUCAAACCUCAACGGUGACCCUUAUAUGAACUGCUUCCUGUCUGGCUUAGUAGAAGUGCCGGCUUACAUAAUAGCCUUGCUAUUGCUUCAAUACUGCUCCAGGCACUUGUGCCAAUCUUCUACACUCUGCCUCGGAGGCGUGAUGAUCCUCUGUGUUCACCUCAUCUCAAUAGAUUCAGAGAUACUGCCUGUGGUAUUGGAAAUUUUGGGCAAAUUUGGCAUGACAUCUGCAUUUUGUGUGGUGUACACCGUCUCAUCUGAGAUCUUCCCCACCGUUAUCAGAAACACAGCAAUGGGCUGUUGUUCCAUGGCUGCUCGUAUUGGAACCAUCAUCUCCCCUUUUAUCAUUUACCUGGGACAAUACAACAAGGCAUUACCAUACAUAUUGAUGGGUGGGUUGGCCCUUUGUGGUGCCCUCUUAUGUUUCCUGCUGCCAGAAACUUUUGGAAAGCCUUUGCCAGAAACCAUGGCACAAAUGCAACCAAUAUGGGAAGAGGGAAGAAAGCAAAGGAGGACCAAAAUGAAGAGAGUGCGAAUAAUUAUCAGAGUAAAGAAUCCAGGUUAUAGUUAUGAUUUUUCUUUUUCUUUAUAAUCACAUAACAUUGUUAUAAAUAAAGUUACUUUUGUAAUUUAUUGUUUGUAAUUCUUUUUGAUGCAUUAUUGUCCACCUAACUUAUAUUUUUAAUACACUGAACAUUUUGACACAGGAUAAUGGAGUCUUCAUAUUUAUAUGUAUUAUAGUUAAGAUUGAGGGGCUUUGUAUUGUCUUUAAAUGAAUGUGCUUUUUCCUAAAAUAGCCUUUAUAAAUGGUUAAGUAUCAGAUUACAAUAUGGGAAUUCUUCAUAAUAAGAUUCAAGAUAAUGCAUGUGUAAGCACUGAUGUUGCAGUCAUGUGUAGUCAUCUCAUUCAUUCAGGUAAAUUGAUGCCAAGUCAAAUAUAAUGCAUUAGACUUUAAUUAUUAUGUGACAUCUCUCGUUUAUCAGCAAAACUCCAGUUGACAUGUUUAACACUGGAGAUCCUAUUUUGUGACUACUGGUAUUUAUUCCUACAGUUUUCCCCAAAGAAUGUGUUUUCACAUCUACAUUCAAAUUGAACUUGGUGUGAAAAAUAACAUACACAAAUAGCUGGAUAGACAAUAAUGCUUGUAUCACCGCAUCACCAGAGGCUGUUUCAUUAAAGUAACGCUUAAGCUAAUGUAGAAGCCGUUUAACAGCAAUCUUGCUACAGGUUGCUUUCACUUGUUUGACUUUGUAGAACUAUCUGAAUGUAAAUAAUAAGCUGUUGCCUGUUGGUGUCUAGCGAUGACCUUUAUACACUAUGCUAUAGUAUAAAUAGUUUGGGGAAACCCUAUAAAGACGUGUCAUCUGUUUCCGUUGGAAGUCCACGGUGAUUUCACUUUCAAUUCAACGCAAACAGGGCGAUUUACAUUACAAAAGCGUUGUGUAUUAUCUUUUUACAUUGAAUAUAAGAUCCGUGUAUUUUUUCAGAUCCAAAUCCAGUUGCUUUGUUCACUGUGAAGUGAAGGGGUUGUUGCAACAUGAUCUCUUGGCUCAUUUUGCUUGAAGGAUUGACCAAGAUUAAAAAUGAAAGUACGUUCUGUACUAGUGCACCAGCAGCUGCUUCUUUGUUCCAGUUAUCCAACGUUUAACUCAUUUGUAUAUGGAUUUUCCUUCAAAGCAUCACCUUCAUAUGGAAUAAUACGAUGACUGCGCUCCGGAGAUUUACUGACGCAAUCACAUGCAUUUCGGAUGUGAAACCUCUCGACUAAAGCCGAAGUAGGAAGAAGAAAAUGUGAUGACCUAUGAACAAACUGUGAAGGAACUAUGCCUGAAACUGAAAUGGAUACAGUUUGUGGAAAUUGUGUAAAUAUAUUUCCCACAACAAAUGAUGUACGUAUGGUAACACAGUAUGUUCGGUCAGUAUAUGAAGUGUUUCACAUCCUCUAUUUCAAGUUUUUCCAGUCUUCAGUCAACCAACCUUAGCGCACAAGCAAACUGACCAUAUAUGUACAAUAUAAACUACAAAAAGAGUAAAUGCAGAAAUAAUUUUCACAUAUUGAUGUUAAUUUGACCUAAUAUUUUGAUUGGACUUGAUAGGUCAAUCAACCCUCCCUCUAUAGAAUUAGUUUAUUGUUUAUCCACAAAUAAAUAUGUAUUUUUCAAUUAAUUGUUUUUAUGAGGAUGGUUUAUGUUAGAGUUAUGGUUUGAUCAAAAAGGCUCUAUCAUUUAAUAAAGUGUACUGUGUGCUGCAAUUAUACAUAUUUGAAAUUAAACUAUACAUUACUGAA